AUGACUAAGAAGCUGAAAGGAUCAUUUUAUGAGGCAGGAUUCGAAGAACUAAACAUGGAGGCCUGCACUAAAACUUCUACAUGGGGAUCGUCUUCCAACGUGGCCGAAGACAACUCUUCAAACAAGAAACUAUCAAAAAAUCAUAGGUGCAGUUGCACAACAUUCACAGAAGAGCAACUGAAAAUCCUCAUCAAUGCCUUCACCAAAAACCAUACCUGGCUGUGCUACCAACAAAAACUUGCUUCAGAAAUCAAGACUGAAGAGUCAAGAAUCCAGGUUUGGCUUCAGAAUCGAAGAGCAUGGCAUGUAUUCCAGAAAAGACCUGAACUUAAGCAAGCUUUGGGAUCAAGCCAAGGCCAUGGAGAAGACUGUCCUCAAGAACAGAUUCUAAACCCCCUCUCCCUAGAUCCUCCUACUGUAGAAAGAGAAUCCAGACGGUGUUGUACCAACUGUAGCUCCUCUCAAUUGCACACCCUCACCAAGGCAUUUAUGAACAACCCUUACCCAGGAAUUGAUUCCAGAGAACAACUUGCCAAAGAAACUGGGGUUCCUGAGUCAAGAAUCCAAAUUUGGUUUCAGAAUUGGGAGAGAUAG